AUGUUUGAUAUUACGAGUAUCGGGGCCGAUGAAUGUGUGACCGACGCUAUCAAACCCAAUCGAUAUGGACAUACUUACGAAACUAUCAUCACAGCAGCAAGAGUGGCCCAAGCCAAAGGAAUGUCAACUUGUCCAGUUCUCUUAAUCGUUUCAAUGGACGUGGACGCUCUAUGUGGCUGUAAAAUUUUACAAUAUUUACUGAAACAAGAUUCCAUCAAGUUUAGAGUGAUUCCUGUUCCUGGUUGGAAAGAACUUUCAAAGAUCACAGAACAGAUUAGAGAAGGUAAUAGUGGAUAUCGUGAAGUGGUUUUGUUUAAUUUAGGUGGACAAGUGAACUUGUGGGAAUUAUUUGAUUUACCUCGUGGGGUUAGAUUACAUGUGAUUGAUAGUCAUCGACCUUAUUCUUUGGAAAACUUAUUUGAAUCUGGUUUUAAUCCUGAAGAUGAUGAUCCAAGUCCUCCAGCUGAAAUUAUCGUGUGGGAUGAUGAUGUGGCGGAAGACGAAAUUCAAAACGAAAGAGACGCUUAUGAGGCUAUACGUUAUGUUCCUGAUACAGAUAGUGAAGGAUCGAGUGAUGAGAGUGAAGAUGAGCUGGGAAUCGGGUGUAGACGAAGAGAUGAUAGUGAUGAAGAAGAAGAUCUGGACGAAGAGGAUGUAGGGUCAGAUGGUGAAGUCAGACCGGGCGGACGGAAGAGGAAGAAAAAGUCAGAAGAAGAUCAAGUUUUAACUAAACGACAACGUCAUAAGUAUCGAGCUCGGAUUCGAAAAUAUUAUGAAAGUGGUGUCCAUUUUGGACAAUCAGUUGCUUGUCAACUUUAUCUUUUAGCCACUUUGAGGGGUUGUGAAGAUAAUGACUUGCUUUGGCUAGGGAUUAUCGGUCUUACCUAUCAAUUCACAUCUUCUUUAAUUGAUCGAGAAAGUUACGAUGCUCAAGCCACACUCUUUCAACGCGAAGUCGACAGGAUCAAUAUCAUUUCUGAAGAACCUGCCGAUCCUCAAGCAUGUCAAGUCAAACUUUCAGGUCCUGAUGAUCGAAAUAUUAGAAACUCUGAGGAACUUCGGUUUAUGCUCUUUAGACAUUGGAAUCUGUAUGAUUCGAUGUUUCAUAGUGGUUAUGUUGCUGGUAAACUUAAAUUGUGGCGCGAAAGAGGAAGAAAAAACUUGCAAGGGAUGUUUGCUAAGAUGGGUUACUCUUUAUCUCAAUGUCAACAGAGCUAUGCACAUAUGGAUAUGGAUCUCAAACGUACAUUGCGAUCAAAGGUGGAAUCUAUCGCACCCGAGUAUGGUUUAUUCGAUCUCUCCUUUGCAUCAUUUGUGCGAGCCUAUGGGUACCAGUCAGUGCUUUCGGCUAGCGAUUGUGUUGAAUCGAUCAAUGCGGUCCUCGAAGUGGCUACCGGAGUGAAGCUUGAUUUCCAUGCACUUCAUGGUGGAAAUGGAAUGAGUAGUGUAGAUGAUGGAGGUCAGGGUGGUACUUUUUGGGAUGCUGGUAAAGGAGUUAAACGAUGGACAGAGGUGUCAAAUGAAGCGGUGAAAAUUUCAGAUAAAGAAAACACUCGGCCUGAUUCAUUGGAGGCAAGUGAAAAUGCUGCGAAGACAAAUGCCGCGAAGAAACCUAAGGAAGAUGCCUGGUGGGUAGAGAACUUUUGGAUGGCAUCUGAUGCACUAUCAACAGACCCUACAUUCCUUAAAUCAGCCUUACCUCUCAGUAUGGCCCUUCAAAAAUCCAUCAUACGACAAGGAACCUCAAUGUUAGACAAACAAGCGAUCAAAACCCUACGAUCCUUUAGACUAGGAGUGAUUAAAGAUGGACCUGAUCUACAUGUCUUUAGUCAUCCAGCCACACUGACUAGAUUAGGUGUUUGGUUAGUAGAUGCAGUAAGAGAUUUGAUUAGUGGAUCGAAUGGAAAAAGUACAGAUCAAAGCUCGAGUAAGAAAAAACCAAAAAGCUUUCCAUUUGUGAUUGCAAGUUUAGACGAAAUUAGAGAUUGUUAUUUAGUAGUCGGUGUUAAUGGUGCAGCUCAAUAUGGUGAUGUUAGAAGAAAUAAAUUCGGGAUGGCAUUUCAAGAAGCAGCUCAAAUUUCUGGUGCUAGAGCUAGACAUGAUAGGUUUGAAGAAAGUGUAAUUGAAGUUAGAAAAGAUGAUUUAAUGAGUUUUGUACAAAAAUUACAUCUUGGUCUUUAACCCCCCCAAAAAAAAAGUUUCUCUCUUCUCUCUUUGAUCAUCUUUGUUUUUUAAUUUAGGUUUGCUUUUUUCGUUCCUUUUCUGGUGUGUGUUUGUGUUUGUGUGUGUGGGGGGGAGUUGGAAUGGAGUCUUGGUUUUCGGUUUGUGGAAGUAUAUAAAUUUUUAUAUAUAGAUUGAUUAACUUGUAUUAGUAAUAUGAUUGAAAUUGGAUUUGGCAUUUGUAUACCC